AUGGCUGCAGCUCCGCUGGCCGGUAUUCCCAUGCCCUGCGCUGGCCUCUUCUGGUACCUAGGCGUGCUAGCGGCCUCCUGGUGGGGUGUGAGGGCCGUAUGGCGCCUGCUGUGCGGUGUCCGGGUCUGGGUGCUGGGGAGUGGAGCGCAGGUGGGCCCGAGGACCGGGAAAUGGGCAGGAGAGAAAUUCAAAGUGGAGACCAAAGUCAUUGUCGCAGACUUCGGGAAACCUGCAGAGAUCUAUGACCACAUCGAAGCCGGGCUGAGAGGUCUGGAGAUUGGUGUUUUGGUGAACAACGUGGGUGUUUCCUACGAAUACCCAGAGUAUUUCCUCGACAUUCCAGACCUGGACAGAACGCUGGAUAAGCUGAUAGACAUUAACAUCAUCUCAGUGUGUAAGAUGACACGGCUGGUGUUGCCCGGUAUGCUGGAGAGAUCUAAGGGUGUUAUUCUGAAUAUCUCCUCUGCCAGCGGCAUGUACCCGGUCCCAUUACUUACUGUGUAUUCCGCUACCAAGGCGUUUGUGGAUUUCUUCUCCCGGGGUCUGCAUGCUGAGUACCAGAGUAAGGGGGUCACCGUGCAGAGUGUUCUCCCGUUCUUUGUGGCCACCAAAAUGAGCAAAGUCCGCAAACCAACGUGGACCAAACCUAGCCCGGAAGCCUACGUCCGAUCAGCACUGAAGACUGUGGGCCUACAGACCAGAACCAAUGGCUAUCUGCCCCAUGCCAUCAUGGGCUGGGUCACCGCAUCGCUGCUCCCACUCUGGAUCUCUGUGAAAAUGGCCAUGGAUAUGAACAAAGGACUCAGAGCUCGUUACCUGAAGAGGGCAAAGAAAAACUAGAGAACCGUUGUCCCUGGGCUGCUUAUACCCACAGAGGUCUCCUGUCCCUCCUGCCAAGCGACUGGACUGCCGUCCGAUGUGCUCCAGGUCUACGUCAUGAUCAGAUGUAGAAAUUAUACCCUGGACCCUGAGAAUCCGGGCAGACACGUUCCUUUACUAAAUACUUCCCCUUACACGGUUAUAUACAGCCGCGCAAUUGUUUAUAGGCCGGUGAGAUUGCUGUAUUCAGUCUCUGCUGCUGACAGAUGCUGCCCACCAUUUAUUACCCCCAUAUUACUCUGUUCACUGGCCUUACAGCUUUGGCAAGGACAAGGCCUUUCUCUUCCAGUGGGAACCAGCGCGGAGUAAAAGCCGCCCAAAAAUCAAGGAUUUGACGCUGACAUGGGUUGUGGCUUUAAAGAACCCCCUACUACGCUGAAUUUAUGAUAUUAUAAUUUGUUUUUUUUUGUGCAGGAUCAGGUUUUUAUAUAAUAGGAGCGUUGAACAAAAAUAGAAGUAACAAAUACAUAUAGUAGUAAUUAGACCUGUGCAUUGGUAAAUAAUACCUGCAUUGCACACACAAUUCUAUAAAGACCCCUAACAUAAGGUAGCGUAAAAUACGUCUGAUACUGUACAGAACGGCGUGUUUGUUGGUUUCCAUCUAGAUCUAAUAACGCCAGCUGGAGAGACUUCCAGGGGAACUUACCCCCCUAAACUGGAACGUAUUGGAGAAGAAAAAUGUUUUUUAUUCCUUAUCCAAGGGACUUUGUAAAAAGUUUGGCUUUCAUACUAAUAAAAUAGAUUAAUAAAGUA